AAAAUAUUUGAUAUUCAUAUAUAAUAACUAGGUAGUAUUAUUUGACCUAAUACAUGCAACAAUAAACAAUGAACAAUAAUAUGAACAUCUCCUAAAAGUUGAAAUGCCUUUUAAUUAAUUAGAUCAACUAGGGAAACCAGUUAGCCCGCCAUUCAGUAACUGUGCGUGUGUGUGUGUAGUGUGUACAAUGGGACUCGAAAAAAGAACUAUUAAAAUUAUAAUCAGUGUUUUAGUUAUUUCAAUUAUAAUUGGUUGCUCACUCGGACUUCUAUUUGUCUAUUUGUUUUAUAAGGCGUCUUACAUUGAGCUGCAGUUGUGGCCACAUCUACCUGAUGAUGACCAACGUCUCAUUCACUUCAAAACCGCCGAGCCCGGCACCUGGCAUCCUUGGGUUCAUCGGAUUAAUGACCUCCUUAAGGAGUAUGAAACCUCAACGCCCGAAGAUCCACCCAACGCACCAUGUUCCACUCAUCCCUACCAUGAGGAGUCGGGACGCUCGGAGGCAUGUGUACACGCUAUGAAGUACUGGCACCCUUGCACCAUUGAUACCCUGUAUGAGUACGUCAGAGGCACGCCAUGUGUGUUUCUGAGGCUGGCUCAUAUCGACCAAUGGACGCCUCAACCAUACAAUACUUCGAUGGACUUGCCUAUCCCAAAUGAUAUGCCGGACCAUUUGAAGAAAGGCUUGAAUCACCCAUCAGCAAAACUCGAAGACUACGUCUGGGUAUCAUGUAAAGGAAAAUCUCCAGUGGACGAUGAAAAUAUUCGUCAUAUUCGGUAUAUACCAGAAUUCCUGCCUCCAGGGUUCCCGAUCAGACGGCUACAUACUGCUGAUAAAGAAGCUAGCUUUACUGCUAAUGACGGAGGACCAUUGGUCGCAGUGCUGUUCCAGAAUUUGACGCGUGGCGUGAUCAUCAGUGUGGAAUGUCGGAUCUGGACUCGGGAUGUGGCUUACGAUGGUAUCAGCGACGUCGGUCGAACCACCUUCGAAUUACUUGUAGACUAGUUUUAGUAAUUUAUUUAAAAUAUUAUCAGAAUUGCAAGGAGUGAACAUACUCAGCUCAUUCUGUUGGACUGGACCUAUGUUUAUUAUCCAGGUAUCAUCCGACAAGCAUGAGGAUUCUUCAAGUUUGGGUUUAAUGGACUGAGUACCUAAAUCAAUAGUUUUAAUAAAUUUUACCUUUAAAACAAUGGGAUUUAUUGCGGUUCCUACAAAAAAUACCCAUAGUAGACAAAAAAAAUGUAUGAACUUGGCUUAUCUCUACCUGUAACGCCGGUGUACGAAAAAAAGUUAUUUAUUUUCAAUUACUUUAUUGCACAAUUCAUCGAGAAUUACAGAAAUACAAGCAACGUGACAUCGCCGACAUUCAAACAUUUAAAUUGACAAAUUACAACAUGAACUCCUAAUUAUUAUAACUGACAGUUUUUAUAUUUGAUACUGCAUGGAUAUCAUAUCGACAUUUAAAAAAGUGCCAAGCAACAUCUUGUACAUAAUGUACAGUGAGCUGCAAAAUUGCAUGGAUAAAUUAUGAAUGAAUUCAUUGAUAAAAACACCACGCAGUUUUUCAGCUCACUGUAUAUUAUAUUAUGUACAAUUAAUAUGACAUACUUCAUGAAAAACCUCUCUAUCACAAAUAUACGGUAUUUUUAAGAAAUUAAUACCUAAUCGAAACAAAGCACUUAAAUAGUAUUAAUUAACAUUAAGACUUAGAGCUAAUUUUAAUAAUAAUUUCAGUUCUUAGGUAACUUAAACCUAUAAGUAGGUACAUAGGUAAUCAUUUCGGGAUCAAAACAAUCAUAAUAAUCUCACACAUUUUUUAACAUAAAUUAUACCUAAAUAAUUCAGGUUCAGGCAUCGUUGGAAAUAUAUUUGUAGACGAUCAACCAAAUCUUGGCACUAAAAAAAUGCGUCAAAUUUGAAAAAUGUCGUAAAACGUCUGCCUUUCUAAACCAUGACGCUGGCGGAAUCAUAGACACGCCAUAAUACUUAAAAUUGAUUGAAAAUGUAAGGGCAAAGGUUUCAUUUACAUAGAAAAUUUUGAUUUCGCGCCAUUUUUAGUGCCAAGAUUUGGUUGACCGUCUUUAGUUCUUAAAUUUGUAACCUACAACAGGAAAUAUAGUAUUUAUAAUCGAACAAUAUACAUGAAUUUUCAAUUAAUAUCGAUAUUUGUAUAAAAAAGGUUAAAGUUUGUCAAACUUAACAAUUAUAACUUCGAUUUACUGAUUUUCAAUUUAUACUGUGGCAUAUUUCGGCAAUUAUGUACGGUUAUAAAUUUACACUGUGUAUAAUAUUAAUUAUAAUUUAUAACAUUAUGUUAAAUACUCCUUAAUAUUGUUUAUAUAUUAUUCUUUGAGUUACCGGUGAUGACCUAUAAUGAAAAUGAAAUUAUAAUUUCAUUUAUUGAUUAAUACAGCUCCAACAUUAAGUACAAAAAAAAUUGAAAUGAUAAUAAAACUGUAGAUA